AUGGACAUUCCCGUGGCGGAAAACGUCUUAGGCACCCUUGGCGCGGUUCGUUCACCAGCUUGGCCUAUGCAGUCUAUCCCACUAAUGACGCUCAUAGGUUUGUUGGUCUAUCCAGGUUGGCCGUUGUUACGCGUUGAAGUCUUAUUCACUUCUGCUAAUCUUUCUCAGCUUCUACCCCAAAUUAUCAUAAAUUACAGGAGACAUAACACUGAAGGCCUACAAGGGUCAAUGAUGCUCCUAUGGGCUGCGGCAGGGGUCCCUCUCGGGGUGUACAACAUUGUGGAAGAGUUCAAUGUGGCGUUAAGAAUACAGCCUCAGAUACUUACAGCUCUAAGCCUUGUAACUUGGGCCCAGUGUCUUUACUACGGAAAGAAAUACUCUGUCAAAAAGUGCAUUGCCGCCGUCGCUCCCCUUCUUCUUAUCUUUGGUGGGAUGGAAACGGGGUUGAUAUUUGCGUUGAAAGAAGCUAAAUCUCAUGAUUUGAGAUGGCCCCUUAUUUUGAUGGCAGUUUUAAGCGCAUGUCUGCUUGCAGCAGGAGUGCUGAGGCAUUACUGGGACAUUUAUGUUCAUCGAACCGUGCGAGGGAUCAGCUUCUUUUUCAUCGGCAUCGACGCCGCUGGUGAUUUAUUUUCGCUCGUAUCAACAUACUUGGCAUGGUCAUAUAUGGAACCGAGUUGGUCCUUUGGCUGGGCAUUUUUGCCUGCGGUGGCGUAUUCAAUUUCUUGCCUUGGCUUAAGACGCGGUCAAAGAGACUUGAGACUUCGCAGGAACCCAUAUCCCUCCAUCCGAUGCCAUCGUCAACUUCCGUGUUCAGAACUGCAUCUGGGUCCGAGGUAG